AAGAAGAAGAGGAACAAAAUUGCUGAAAACCAAAGCUCACUUCUCAACUAAAAAACACAGAGUUUGAAACAAUUGCAAAAAUGGCAGCCAUGGCUGCUCUUCAAAGCUCCUUCACUUCUCUUUCUCUCUCCUCCAACUCUUUCCUUGGUCAACGUCUCUUCCCUUCUCCCACCACUCUUCAGGUUAAAACAGAAGGUCAUUCACCAUGUCUUAUUGUCAUGAGGAUCAAGCGCUGGGAACGGAAGGAUUGUAAACCAAACAGUCUCCCAAAGCUUCACAAAAUGCACGUCAAGGUUGGGGAUACAGUGAAAGUAAUCUCUGGAGGAGAGAAAGGCAAGAUUGGAGAGAUCAGUAAGAUCCAUAAACACAACAGCACGGUGAUUAUCAAGGAUCUAAACUUGAAGACAAAGCAUGUGAAGAGCAAAGAGGAGGGUGAACAAGGUCAAAUAAUCAAGAUUGAGGCAGCUAUCCACAGCUCGAAUGUCAUGUUGUACUCGAAAGAACAAGAAGUCUCUAGUCGGGUGGGUCACAAAAUUCUCGAGGAUGGCAGAAAAGUCCGGUACCUUAUUAAGACAGGGGAGAUAGUUGACACUCCAGAUAGGUGGAAGGAAAUCCAGAAUAAGAAGGAAUCGGAAACAGCUGUUGCUGUUGCUGCUUAAAAAGCUUAAGUUUUUUCUGUGUGAUAUAACCAAUCUUUUUGUGUUUUUGAAGCUACUGUAAGAUGCUACCUUAGCCAGAGAAUAGCUAUUCACAUCUGUUUUUGUAAACAAAUUAUUGGCAUAAUAUAUGUUGUAGUUAUCAGAAAUAUAUUUACCCACCUUAUAUGCCAUUAUUUCACUUUUCA